UAACUUUUAUUUCUAUAAGGAAGUGUUUUUGACAAGUUUAAGCCAUAGAAUUGCUGAAAAUAACGGAUUUUUUGAUGAGAAAGUUAUGAGAAUAUAAACGUGGUUAACACAAGACUCACGAAGAAGACCUCAUUCAACAACCUGAUUUAUGUUUUUCAUCUCAUCGCUGGAAGAAUUUGGUUAACUUAAAGUCCUGAAUAUAGCGCAAGGAAGCUUGGAACAGCUGUACCUUGCAAAACAUUGGAUCACUUCUUGAUUAUUGUCGUAUACGUCAAAAAAUCAUGGGGAUACAAGGUUUAUUACCAUUAUUGAAGCCGAUCCAUAAAAAAGUGAGCAUAUCGGAAUUUUCUGGCCAAACUGUUGGGAUAGAUACCUAUUGCUGGCUACAUAAGGGUGCAUAUGGAUGUGCUAUGGACAUUGUAGAGGGUAAAAAGACUAAAAUAUACCUAAACUACGUACUGAAGAGGCUAGAUAUGUUGCUGUACCACAAUGUUAAACCUUAUCUGGUGUUAGACGGUGGAAACUUGCCUUCGAAGGCUAGCAAAGAAGCAGAAAGAAGAAGGUCAAGACAAGAAAACAAAGCUAAAGGACUUGCCCUUCUCAGAGCUGGAAAUAAAUCUCAAGCAUGCGAGUGCUUUCAGAAGUGUGUUGAUAUAACACCUGAAAUGGCACUUGAGGUUGUAAAGGCCUGUAGAGAAAGGAACAUAGAUUAUGUAGUUGCUCCAUAUGAAGCUGAUGCGCAACUGGCAUACCUCAUGAAGACAGGAAUAACACAAGCAACAAUAUCUGAGGAUUCCGAUCUCUUGGUCUAUGGCUGCAACAAAGUUAUCUUCAAAAUGGAUGAAUGUGGUAGGGGUACACUAGUUGAUCUUGCCGACCUACCCAAACUUACAGACCUCCGGAUGCAUGAGUUCACCUUGGAAAAAUUCAAGCAGAUGUGUAUUCUUUCUGGGUGUGACUACUUGCCAUCUAUCAAGGGUGUUGGCCUUAAAACAGCUAACAAGCUCAUGAGGAAACAUUCUACUAUUGAGAAGCUUGUCAGAAGCAUAAGACUUGAGAACAAGCUCAAGGUACCAGUAGAUUAUGAGAAGAGCUUCCAGCAAGCAUAUGAGACUUUUCUGUACCAGCUAGUCUUUGAUCCCAGAAGCAGCUCACUUAUUCCUCUUACUCCAUUACCAGACGGAGUUCUUCCUGGAGAUUUGGCCUUUGCUGGACCUAUGUUAUCUCCAGAAGAAGCCCUUGGUAUAGCACUAGGAAAUAUCAAUCCAAUAACUCGCAAAAUAAUGGAUGAUUAUGACCCUGAUACCAAMAAGACUGAACAGCCUCCACCUUCACUCCCGUCCGACACUCCCUCCGCUUGUGCGUUUUCAUUUGCAAGCAAAAAGGAUCGUCAAUCACUCACCCCCAGCUCUCUUGAGUCUCUACAUGUGGCAGAGAAUAACAUGACACUGGAGAAAGAGUCAUCCCUUGGACACUGCAGGAGAUUCCUACUUCCACCUCUGAAAAAAACCUCCAAAGAAAAAGAAAGAGUUCCAGAUGAUAAAGACCUCAUGAACAUGUACACAUUUGUAAAACGAAAGGAUUCAAGUUCAUCGUUGACGAGAAGCCAGACUGUUCAUAAUGGGUGUGGUAUGUCCAGAAAGCCGCGACUAAAGAAUCACUUCAAGACAACAACCAGUGACGAAUACCUCGUUCCUAGGAAGCCGAGGCUUAAGAAUCCCUUUAGGACAAGCAUAGAAGAAUCUAGUGAUAAGGAAUCUAAUGCCACAGGACAGACAAGCUGCUAUUUCGACAACGAAGACGUUAAUAAUGUAACUGGACAAAAAGAUCUGAAUACCGAUGAGCACAGUACGACUGAUACUGAUUUAUCAGUACGUGACGAGAAAACUUAUGAUGAUUUGGGGGACCCCGCAGUCUCGGCCAAGGAGCUAGACGACGCGCCUUCCUUACCUACCUGGAAAUACGAAGAAUCUGAUAUGAAUAUCUUGCCUGAGGAGGAAAAAGAAAAUAGUCCUACACCAGAAAAUAGCAUUGCGUCAACAUUAACCUGCAACACAUCUUCAUACGAUUGUGUGAGUCAAGAAAGAGAAGAGGGAACGGAGCCCAUGGAAGACUCUUCCCAACCAAUUAACGACUCACAGAGAAGCUGGAAGAGUGAUUCAUCUAUAGACACUACCGUUACGAGUAAGAUGAAAAGGAUAUCGAAUAUUAACAGCAACGAGAAAAAUCCUAAACUCGCGAGCACCCGCAAAAGAACCGCAACUUUAAGCAGUCUACAUAAAUUCACUUACCAACCCAAAAAAAGAACUAGUGAAGAGCCUAUUAGUAGGACAAACGAGUCUGUGGAAUCGUUACCUUUGACGCAGGAAGUCAUCGAUAGUGGGUAUCUGUCUGAUGAGGAGGAGAGUACAGACGCUGAUACACCUAGUGAGAACAGAAAGGAUGAGGUGAAUGGUCUGUCCAUGGAAAAAGAAUCAAUAACGCCGCUACGAUCUUCUAGUGGUAGCGACAUGACUUCCAAAAGAUUAAUUCAACUUAAAAACAAAACAGCAGCAGCACGAAGGACAACUGGACUGAGUCGAUGCAAAUCGUUGGGAAUCAGUAAACGAAAGACCAGCACCAAACCAGCUCUUCCUGGAAACGCUAGCUCAACUUUGUUUCAUUAUUUUGAGUUUAAUAAAAACAAACGAGUAAGACUAGAGACUUCUUGAGACGAAUUCUAAUUCUAAAAAGACUAAAAAAUUCAUUGGUUUUUCCACGAUUGACACUGCGGUAAAAUCCGUGCGAAAGUAAAUAUGAAUUCUUCUUAAGGUGUGGACAGCGAGGAAAUUUGUUUUGCAAGAGCAUUUCUAUUUUAAGUCAUUUUUAAGUCUUUUCUAAAU